AACGAGGCUCUCCUUUUUCGUGGAGCUUGGUGCGGAGCUCUCGAUCAUUAUUGCCACUCCAUCGCCGAGGAUGCUCUGGCGCUCAUGCCGCUCCUCCUCGCAAGCUUCUCAAACCCUAGCGCUCUGUCUGGCUCAGAAAUUUUCUCUUCCCUUACAGCGCCUGGUCUUUCUCUCGCGGUUUUUGGGCCGUCGAUGAGGGUGGAGUGAGAAAAAUAACGUGUUGAAGGAGCGGUGGGAGGAGAGACGAGGAAGGGAUUUGUGUGUGUUUGACGGUGCAGGGGUUAGAUCUGUUGGCAGGGAGGAAGAGAUGAGAAGGUAGCUUGAUUGCGGGACAGGAAUGCUUGAAAGUGCUCGCGGAAGCGGAUUGCGCUGCGGAGAGUCGGGGAGGAGGAGAAGGAGGAGGAGUUUUUUGAGGUGAGGGCGAGGGGAGGAUGCCUAUUGCCAUGGGGCCGUUGCCUUCCACGUCUGGCCGGGAUCGGACCUCGGAGUUCCACGCCAUCGUCGAUAGGUUGAGGAAAACGCAGGGGUCGACUUUGCCUUAUGCGAAUGAAGCGAACGGGGCUGUAACGAACGGGCAUGCGGGUGAAACCGCGCGGCUGUUGCCUCCUACGACUGGCUCCCUGCAGUCGGAGUUUAACAAGCGUGCGUCGCAGAUCGGGCUUAGUAUUCAUCAGACCUCUCAGAAGCUCUCCAAACUAGCCAAAUUGGCAAAGCGAACAUCGAUGUUCGACGAUCCAGCAGUUGAGAUUCAGGAGCUUACAUCAGUCGUCAAACAAGACAUUACGGCAUUAAAUGCAGCCAUAUCUGACUUGCAACAACUUUGUGAUUCAAGAAACGAUGGAGUGAACCAAACCAAGCAUAGCAGUGAACAUUCCACCACAGUUGUAGAUACUCUUAAGAGUCGUCUUAUGAACACUACGAAGGAGUUCAAGGAUGUUCUCACAUUACGGACGGAGAAUUUGAAGGUUCACGAUAACCGAAGACAACUCUUCACUGCUACGGCGAAUAAGCAGGUGAAUCCGUACGCUCGGCAGGGGCCACUAGCGUCUGCUGCCCAGAAUACCGCUUCUAGCACAAGUGUUUCUCUUCCACCUUGGGGCAAUGGAGCUGGGAGAAGCAAUGAGCUUUUUAGCUCAAGGCGGCGACAUACAGCCGACGGACCAGAGAGCUCGCAGUCACAAGCGCGUCUGCAGCAACAGCAGUUGGCUCCUGUUCAGGACAGUUACAUGCAAAAUCGUGCAGAGGCUCUUCAAAACGUAGAAUCUACCAUUGUGGAGCUGAGUACUAUUUUUACCCAGUUAGCCACCAUGGUUGCUCAGCAAGGGGAGGUUGCCAUCAGGAUUGAUGAAAAUAUGGAUGAGUCUCUUUCAAAUGUUGAAGGGGCACAAAAUCAGCUUCUAAAGUAUCUUGACAGUAUCUCGUCAAAUCGGUGGCUUAUUCUCAAAAUUUUCAUGGUUUUGAUCACAUUUCUCUUGAUUUUUGUCGUUUUUGUAGCUUAGAUCUUUCGGAGAGUAGUGCCUUUCGAGUUUUAUUUUUCAGGCUUAAUCUGCUUCGAUGGACAUUUCAUUCAUUUAUCAACUCUGCUUGAGUACCAAGAAAAGGCUCCCAACAUUGUAAAAUAAUUAAUGUUUCGGUGGUCCAUUGCUCUUGCCCUUCAUAACCUCAUUUUCAGAGCUAGUAGAUACUCGUACUAGUUUCAGCAUCAGAUUGUUGUGAAUUAGAUUACAGGAUAUCUUCUUACCAGUAUACUGCUUUCUACUCUUAAAAGAUACCGUGAAGUCUUCGAAGUCAUACUAGGUUGUGUAUCUUAGAUGUCGACCUGAAGAUAGUAUUUUGACAUGUUUGGAACUGCCAGCUGUAAACUUUGUAUUCUGAUAGUUAAAAACAGUGUGCGAAUAUUGAGGUUGAUUUAUCAGGUCAUUGUGCAUUCUGGGCAGAUCCAAAAUGAUGAAGUUUGCACUCGGCAUUUUUGCCAUUUUUUUAUUUUUGUCCUUGGACGGAUAUUUUUGCAAUAUUUUGAAACUGAGUAAAAUUCAAGGACUCUAACUGCUUCAA